AUGUAUGGUAAGAUCGAUCGCUUCAUCGACUUCGUGGGCGAUGGCUUUUUGCUUGGCGCAGCGGGCGGUUCCACCUUCCACUUCAUCAGGGGCCUCCGCAGCUCGCCGAACGGCGGCCGCCUCGCCGGCGGUGCCCAGGCCGUCCGCGCGAACGGGCCUCGCGUCGCCGGUUUGUUGGGCGCCUAUUCCGCCGUAUUCUGCUCCUUCGAGACCGCCAUAUCCCUAGCGCGCCGGAGGGAGGACCCCUGGAACUCCAUCGCCGCUGGCGCCGCCUCAACGGGCUUACUCAAUAUGCGCCGGGGCGCCUCCGCCGCUGCGCUCUCCGCGCUCCUCGGCACGACAGUCGUUGUGGUAGCCUUGGGCCUCGAUUGGACCGUUUCAGAGUGGCACAGCCGCCUCAUCUCCCACCGUGAAACCCGGAAGUAUCUCGUAGCCAUCGCCCAGGCCCAUCAACACUCGACGACUCCUGGGGUUUCCGCAUGUGGCUCCAUCGAGUACAAGUGA